CACAUUGUUCUGCGGCUGCCGGCGAGAAACCGGUUCCCUCCCGCUGCUGCUGGUCAACCAGCGGAGCCGCUGACAGACAGACAGACUGAUCCACCGUUUGACGGACAGAUUGACAGGUAAAGCGACGGGCUAACGGAAACGCGCCCACCCGCCGUGUCUCACCGGCGGCGCAUCCCUUUGUGCGGGUCCAACAGUUCACAGAGGUGGAGACAAAGACAGAGGGCAGGCUGGCGAACCGACACGCGGACACGGAGACGCUAUGAGCGAAGGCACGCGCCAUGGGAGCGGAGGACGCGCGCUCAGGUAGCCCAGUGCUGAGGUGCGCCGGCUGGUGAUUGGUGGUUACCAUGGUGCCCAGGCCAUCGUCCGGGGAGCUAUGGGGGCUCCAUCUGAUGCCCCCGCGGAUUCUGGUGGACUGCUGCCUCCCCAAUGGGAUGAUGGUGAGCCUGGAGUGUCUCAGAGAAACUCCUCUCAUCAGCAUAAAGCAGCAGCUCUUCAUCGAGGCCAGGAAGUAUCCUCUCUACCACCUGCUGCAGGAGGAGUCAUGCUACAUCUUUGUGGGCGUGACCCAGGAGGCUGAGCGGGAGGAGUUUUACGACGAGACGCGGAGGUUGUGUGACCUGCGACUGUUUCAUCCCAUCCUGAAGGUCAUCGAGCCGCUGGGGAACCGAGAGGAGAAGAUCCUAAACCGAGAGAUCGGCUUCGCCAUUGGGAUGCCGGUGUGUGAAUUUGAGAUGAUGAAAGACCCAGAGGUUCAGGACUUCCGCCGCUCCAUACUGAGCGUGUGCAGAGAGGCCAUGGAGGAGAGAGAGGGGGGCGGGGCACACACCCAGGCGCUCUAUGUUUACCCCCCCAACGUGGAGUCCAGUCCUCAUCUGCCACAACAUAUCUAUAGCAAGCUGGACAAAGGACGGCUCAUUGUGACCAUCUGGGUGAUUAUGUCUCCAUCAAACUCCAAGCAGAAAUACACUUUAAAGGUUAGCCACGACAGUUUACCAGAGCAGCUAAUCGCCGAGUCCAUCAGGAAGAAGAGCCGAUCGAUGCACCUGUCCCCUCAGCAGCUCCGCCUCUGCGUGCAGGAGUACCAGGGCCAGUACAUCCUUAAGGUGUGCGGCUGUGACGAGUACCUGUUGGAAAAUUUCCCCCUCAGUCAGUAUAAGUACAUCCGCUCCUGCAUCAUCGUUGGACGUCUUCCUCACCUAAUGCUCGUGUCCAAAGACAGCCUCUACUCUCAGCUUCCAGCCUCGGGUUUUGUCACUCCUUCCUACAGUCGGAGGACGCCCCAGCCGUCUCCCUGUCCAGGAGGAGGUGAUGGAUCUCCUCCUCGCUCCCUCUGGGCCUUUAACACUCUGCUCAGGGUGCGACUGCUCUGCGCCACUUACGUCAACGUCAACAUCCGGGAUAUUGACAAGAUCUAUGUGAGGACGGGUAUCUAUCAUGGAGGAGAGCCGCUGUGUGAAAAUGUAAACACCCAGAGGGUUCCCUGCUCCAACCCCAGGUGGAGCAGGGCUGACCUCGACAUUUACUUGGCGGAUCUUCCUCGCUCGGCAAGACUUUGCCUGUCCAUCUGCUCUGUGAAGGGAAGGAAAGGAGCCAAGGAGGAGCAUUGCCCUCUGGCCUGGGGGAACGUCAGCCUGUUUGACUACAUGGACAUCCUGGUCUCUGGAAAGGUGGCUCUGAGUCUCUGGCCCGUCCCCCACGGCCUUGAAGACCUGCUGAACCCCAUCGGAGUGGCCGGCUCAAACCCCAACAAGGAGACGCCCUGUGUGGAGCUGGAGUUCUCACGAUUCAACCAGACAGUCGUGUUUCCUGAUGAGCAGCAGAUUGAAGAACAUGCUAACUGGACCAUCAGCAGAGAGCUGGGCUACAACUACUGCCAUGGACUGAGUAGCCGCCUGGCCUGCGACAGCAGCGUUUCAGCCACUGAUGCAGAGCAGCUCGCUCUUUGCUCCAGAGAUCCUCUAUAUGAGCUUUCAGAGCAGGAGAAAGACUUCCUCUGGAGACACAGACAUUAUUGUUUAAACAUCCCAGAGUCUCUGCCUAAGCUGCUUCUCUCAGUCAAAUGGAACUCCAGAGACGAAGUGUCGCAGAUGUACUGUUUACUGAAGGAGUGGCCACUGAUGGAGCCAGAGUCCGCUCUGGAGCUGCUGGACUGUAACUUUCCCGAUCCGAUAGUCAGAGAGUUCGCGCUGCGCUGUCUGGUGCAGGGCUUGACGGAUGACAAGCUGUCACAGUACCUGCUGCAGCUUGUACAGGUGUUAAAAUAUGAGAUGUACUUGGACAAUCCUCUGGCUCGAUUCCUCAUCAAGAAAGCUCUGACCAAUCAGAGGAUAGGACACUUCUUCUUCUGGCAUCUGAAGUCAGAAAUGCACAAUAAGACCAUUUCCAGAAGGUUUGGCCUUCUGCUAGAGGCUUUCUGCAGAGCCUGCGGCAUGUACCUGAAACACUUGAACAGACAGGUGGAGGCCAUGGAUAAACUGGUGAAUCUGACGGACACGCUGAAGCAGGAGAAGAAGGACGAGACUCAGAAGACUCAGAUGAAGUUCUUGGUUGAACACAUGUCGCGUCCAGACUACAUGGAGUCUCUGCAAGGAUUUGUCUCUCCACUAAACCCAGUUCACCAACUGGGAAACCUCAGGCUGGAGGAGUGCAGGAUCAUGUCCUCGGCGAAGCGCCCUCUGUGGCUAAACUGGGAGAAUCCCGACAUAAUGUCCGAGCUACUUUUCACCAACAAUGAAAUCAUCUUCAAGAACGGAGACGAUCUGCGUCAAGACAUGCUGACGCUGCAGAUCAUUAAGAUCAUGGAGAACAUCUGGCAGAACCAGGGCCUGGACCUGCGAAUGCUGCCGUAUGGCUGCCUGUCCAUCGGUGACCGUGUGGGUCUCAUUGAGGUGGUGAAGAACAGCUAUACUAUCAUGCAGAUUCAGUGCAAAGGAGGCCUGAAGGGGGCGCUGCAGUUCAACUCCAACACUCUUCACCACUGGAUCAAAGACAAGAACCACGGAGAGGCGUAUGAUCGGGCCAUCGACUUGUUCACCAGAUCCUGUGCAGGUUAUUGCGUUGCCACAUUCAUCCUGGGAAUUGGAGACCGACACAACUCCAACAUCAUGGUGAAGGAGAACGGACAGCUGUUCCACAUCGACUUCGGUCACUUCCUAGAUCACAAGAAGAAGAAAUUUGGCUACAAAAGGGAGCGUGUGCCUUUCGUCUUGACUCAGGACUUUCUCAUCGUCAUCAGUAAAGGCAUUCAGGAGUCGACAAAGACAAAGGAGUUUGAGAGGUUCCAGGAGAUGUGCUACAAAGCUUACCUGGCCAUCCGACAGCACGCCAGCCUCUUCAUCAACCUCUUCUCCCUCAUGCUGGGCUGCGGCAUGCCCGAACUGCAGAGCUUUGAUGACAUCGCCUAUCUUAGGAAGACCCUUGCAUUAGAAAAGAGCCAGCAGGAGGCGCUGGAGUACUUCACCAAACAGAUGAACGAUGCUCACCACGGAGGAUGGAGCACCAAGAUGGACUGGAUCUUCCACACCAUCAGACACAUGCCCAACGAACACUGACACACGGAAAACACUACACACACUGGCACAACGCAACGCCAGACACACACCAUCACACAUCAGCACAUAGCAUAGAGUUCUGCAGACACAUACACAUCAAACAGUAUUAUAGAUCAUAUGGAUCCAAAUAUGCAACCCAUCAGACACAGGUAGCAAGCACACACACACACACACACACACACAGAUUUAUACAAACAUCUAAAGCACACUCGUGCUUGUUUUCUGCACUAAUCUGGUGAUGAUGAUGGAUUUCCUGAAUGCAAGUUGUUUGCAUCACCUCAUGAUGCUGUUGGGAGAGUUGCCAUAGAAACGCUAAUCUCUCAGGUGCAGAGGUCAGAGAAGGUUGUGAAGGUGCCAAAGGCAUGUGGAGGUAGAGAAAGUAACGGUGAUGAUGUCAACCAGUCUUCUACGUGAUGCAACAGUCGGCCAGCCGGCUCUGCUGCUGUAGCUGCAAACUGAGUGAGACUCUUUUUAGCGUAGCAAACAUUUAAACAGAACUUUAAACAGAACUGCAGCUUUAUUGAUACGUGGGAGACGAACACUGUGGUCACUGUGAAAGCAAUAAAAAAAACAAAACCUCUGAUAACAAAUCAGUACUUUGAUGAUGACAAUCAAGGAGUUCUGACAGAGAAGAAGGCGGAGCUGAGUCCUGUGCCGUGAAGCAGCUUCGAUAAAGAAACUUUAACACCAAAUCCAAACAUCAUAAUGUCCAACAGAUUACAGCCCAUUAGGAGGCUGGCUUUUAUUUUGUCCAGGCUUUCUGAUUGUGAAAACUGGUGGAACUGGAACUACUGAACCAAUCACAACCAUGAAGAAAUAUUUUAUUCUGUUUCAUAGUUUCCAGAUGUCAGACAUUUUACCUAUAAACAUAAGUUAGGUCAAAAAUACUUAUUAGAAAUAACUUGGCUCUAAAGUGUUUUAACUGGCAUGCUUUUACUGUCCUGAAAAAGCUUUUUUGUAAAUUUAUACAAUUUUAAAAAUUAUUAACAGUAUGAAACCACUAUGGUGCAUUCUGUCCCCAUACACUCAUUUGUUCAGAAAUAUUUUGAGAAUUUAUCAAAGACCCUUAACUAAAUCUAAGUCCUGACACUUGAAAAGUUGUCAGGAACUAGCAGAAAUAAUCUAGUAACCCAAUCUAGCAUUUCCAGAAUUAGUCACCAUGGUGAUAAACCCAGAUAAAAAGAACCGGCUUCCUGAUACCAAAAACGCCGAGCUUACUUUCCAAAGCCACUAAUCCUGCUUCCCGGUGCAGGCCUCAGAUCGGCUGUGGAUGGAGUCAAAGUGGAGUUUGUAAACAUUUCAUAUAUGGUAUUUAUGUUCAUUCAUCUGCUGCUUAAACAAGUAUUAUCCAUCAUUUCUUGUCAACAUCUCUUCAAUCUCUUGGCAUGUGGAUUUACUUUGAUAAUUUAUAAGACGUAAAUUAACGUGUGUUAACAUUUUUUUAACGUACACUCAUACCUUAUUCUGAAAACAGCUGCAUUUGGAAUCAUGCAGCACUUUCAUUGUACAAUUCCAGCUAAAAUUGUGAAUGUUAAAAGUUUCUCUCGUAAACGUUUACUUCUCACAUCUCACAUUUGGUGACACACACAGCCUAGCCAAAUCAUUUGCUCACAUUGUAAUCGUGGUUCACGGAGAACCAAAUAUAAUCUGAACAUAAGUUAGAAAUUUAUCCCCAGACAAGAUGAUGAAUUGUGAGGUUUUUUUUUUUUCCUCCCCAUCAGUUCAAGAUUACAGAUCACAGAUCAGAAUGCGACCUUUUGAUGAAGCCUCUUCAAACUCUCCCGUGAUUCGUGACGACCAAAGCUAAACAUGGUCAGAUGAAUAAAUUUGAUUGUGGCAUUUUUGGGCCAGUAGUUGUAUAUUUGAUAAAAGAAAAGCCCAGGUUUUUUUUUCUUUUCUUUUGUUUUACAACAAAUGACCACUCAUUUCCGUCAACCUUGAAAAUCUAUAAACUGGCCACAUUUUUUAUUUGAAGAAAAAGGUAAAUAACUUCACUUAACAGCCAAAACCAUCGAGUUUUUAAAUUCAGAUUAUUGAUCAUUUUACCUUCCUCAUACAGUUUUAUUUAUUAAUUUCUGGUGUUCAACGUUUUAUAAACGUCAUUCACAUCUUGCUUACUUCAAUGUUCAAAUGUAAUAGAUUAUCACGUCACUGUGUUAGAGUGAAAAUGACGAACAGAUCCAGCUGGAUUUGAAUUGCACUUGUUUGCUUUGUUUUCUUUGUUUGUUUGUUUUUUUUGUACAGUGCCCUGAGAUGACUUUUGUUGUGAAUAAGCACUGUCUAAAUAAAGUUAAUUG